GCUGAUCGCUACCAACAACCUGAGGCGACUGAUGAACCUGGCAAGUCCAUUUCCAAAGGCUGGUCUAACCAGCGCAUCCCACGGCCAACAUGAGCGACAGUGACAGCGACGACUACCAGAUUGAGGAGCCAGUCCUCGCUGAGGAUGACCCCAUGCGGGGCUUCGUGCCCACAUCGUUCGGCAAGACAUCAAAGGAGGCGAACAUCGCAGCACAGAUCGAGCAGACCCGGAGACAGGUCGAGAAGCCCGUAUCGCAGAAGCAGGGAAAGGAGAAGGCCGCUUCUAGCGACAGCGACAGCGACGACGACUCUGACGGCUCGGAUUCAGACGACGAGGAUGAGGCCGAGAGAUUUCCAGUCACCCACGAGAUUGUGCUCAAGACGCACGAACGCGCCGUCACCAGCAUCGCCCUGGACCCUGCUGGCGCGCGCAUGCUCAGCGGCUCUCUCGACGGCACUGUCAAUUUCCACGACUUCGCGUCCAUGACGCCGACAACUCUGAGGGCCUUCAAGAGCAUCGAUCCUUGGGAGACCAAGAAGUCAGCGGCGACGGAUUCCCAUCCGAUCCAACACGUCGAGUUCAGCCGGCACUCGGGCAGUGUCUUCCUCUGCGUCACUGCCCACCCGCAGGCGAAGAUCAUGUCGAGGGAUGGCGCCAUCGUGACCGAGUUUGUCAAGGGCGACAUGUACCUGCGGGACAUGAACAACACGAAGGGCCACGUCGGCGAAAUCACCACGGGCACGUGGCAUCCCACGGACCCGAACCUCUGCGUCACGGCGGGAUCCGACAGCACGCUGAGGAUAUGGGACAUCAACAACAAGAGAAGCCAGAAGGAGAUCAUCGUGUUCAAGUCCAAAGCCGCGGGCUCGGCGGGACGCACAAGGAUGACGGCGGUCGCGUGGGGCGAGUCGCCACAGGGGAGCAGCCCGGUCAUGGUGGCUGCCGCCCUGGAUGGGUCGCUGGUCAUGUACAGCGGCAAUGGUCCCUUCACGAGGCCUGCGGCGGAGAUCAAGGACGCGCAUGGGCCCAAUACCUGGACCGGGGGCAUCGACAUCAGCCGGGACGGCCGGAUGGUGGUGACCCGCGGCGGUGACGGCUUGGUCAAGCUUUGGGACACGCGCAAGUUCAAGCAACCGCUCGUCAAGGUCGAGCACGCUUCCACCUCGGACCGGUACCCGAUGACGAAUAUUAAGUACUCGCCCGACUCCCGCUUCAUCAUCACCGGGUCUGCGUCCGGUCACCUCCACAUCCUCAACCCGGCCAACCUCCGGCCCGAGCACGUCACACCCAUCACCCCGGGGAUACCGCUCAUCGCCGUCGACUGGCACCCCAAGCUCAACCAGAUCCUCACGGGCUCCGCCAACGCCGAAACGCACGUCCUCUACAACCCAUCCCUGUCCACGCGCGGCGCGCUCGAGGUCAUGUCGCGGGCGCCGAAGAAGCGGCACAUCGACGACGACCCGUCACUGACCAUGGACCAGAGCGGCCUGGGGCUGUCGGGCGACGCGAUCGUGGCGCCCGGCGCCCUCGGCGGGCAGAAGCGCGGCGGCAGGUCGCGGGCCACCCCGCGCGGGCCGCAGGCGCAGCAGAUCACGCCCUUCAUGCGCAGCCAGCCGGACGAGAAGCACAUCUCGGAGAACAUCCCGCUCAGCCGCAUGCUGCACGAGGACCCGCGCGAGGCGCUGCUGCGCUACGCCGACGUCGCGAAGAAGGAUCCCGUGUUCACCAGCGCGUGGGCCAAGACCCAGCCGGUCACGCAGUACGCCGAGCUGAGUGACGAGGAGGCCGAGGAGGGGCCGGAUAAGAAGAAGGUUAAACGGUGAUGCGAAGCUGGGGCGUUAUAUAUAUGUAUGCGGCUGAAAAAUAAAUAGGAGGGGGACAAAAGUCGUCCAUCUGACGGUCUUCUGGAGAUCUGCUGGGUGCUCAAGGAAGCAUUGGGAUUUUAGACGGAGUAUAGUAUGCAUGA